CAAGAUAGACUUACUUUCGAUGAAUGAUAAUGAUGAGAACCAGGAUGCAGUCUAUACUGCAGAGGCAGAACAGCUGCUGGAUGCUGGAGAAAGUUCACGUCCUAGAGAAAUAUCAGGAUGGACUUUGCUGAUGACAAACUUAAUCCUAGAGAUUGCAUCUGCGGUUUUUGACCAGAUGGGUUAUGCACAAAUUGGCAUGGUGUUGGCAUUUGUAGCUUUGCUUCUUGCAGCCGUUGAACUCAUUCACAUUGCUCCAAAGGAAAGAAUUAAAUGGGCGGGCAAGAGGCAAAUAUUGCCACUUUUUUUUAUCUCCGAUCAACUUAUACUUCCGCAACUAGAAAGCCUGUUGGCACUAUUGUUGAGUAUUUUGGAUAAUUGGCUGGUGCUGUCUGGCAAUGUGUUUAUUCAACUGUGGAGUAUACGUAUACUCGUAAGGAGAAAGAUAAUCCAAUUAAUAUGUGUCUUCUACCUUUCAUUUUCUUAUUUUGCGUGGUGAUUUCCAAACUAUUAGUCGACAAGAGUUCUUAGCAAUGGUAUUUUCUUUGAACUAGAAGAAAUUGCUAGUAUUGUGUUUCGAGGACUCUUUUUAGUGGGAAUGUGUCAAAGCAUUUGAUUCCUAGAUUUUCUUAUCGAAGACCUAAACUUGUAAUGCAAUUAAGACACUAUUUUUGAGACA